AUGUUCGACUAUGAGAAGUACUUCCUCCAGCUUCCGGAACCUGCAAUCAAGCAUGUCUUACACUUUUUGAGACUUCCCGACCUAGCCACUCUCAAAGAAACGUGUCCGGACCUCGCCGAUCUAUGCGACCUAGAAAUCCGUAUACUCGACAAUGAGUUCACGUCCCGCCCGUUCUUCCAAUUCGAGCGAUGUGUUCUAGAAGAUGGUGUGAAUGACGUGGAGAUAAUGCCAGAACGUCAGAAUGCUUCCGUCACGUACUAUCCGGGAAAUCAAUCGGUUUAUCUGUUUGGAGGGGAGACGUUGGGCGUGCGUGAAGAUGGAGCUCCACGUGCCACGUUCAACGAUUUGUGGAGAUUGGAUACGGGAACGAUGAAAUGGAGUCGAGUCAUCAUCACGUCUGCACCGUAUCCAUCGCCAAAGUGUCACGCGUCGUUUGUGACGUGGAAGGACCAACUAAUCCUCUGCGGUGGUCGUGCUUAUCACCAUGACGGACGUGACACCUUCUUCUCUGAAAUCCACUUUUUCGACGUCCAAACUUCCACGUGGAAUCGCGGAAACUUCUCGCCGGACCUAAUGCCAAUCGGCGGUCACUCUGCAGUAGUCACCGAGAAUUUCAUGAUUAUGUAUGGAGGAUUCUUCGAGCAACCGACUCAAGAACAAAUCGAAACACUUUUUGUGGUUGAGUUGCGAGAACAAGUAUUCCAUCGAGUUCAUUUGCAAAAACUGCCGAUCGAAGAGGAUCCCGAUGAGUCGCCGUCGCAAUUCCCAAAAUUCCAAUGGCGAAAAACGAAGCUGGUUUUGAUUCGAGAAGGAUUGCUUCUACUCACCGGAGAGCUGCUACCCGGAGAUUACGGCUCCUCGGCAUUGAUCGAUUUCGACCCGGUGGAUGUGACUGCCACGUGGCAAUGGAAACGAAUCGAAACGAUCGGAAGAUGGUGGCGACCGAAGGAUUGGCGAGAUCCACGUCAUCCACUUCACGGAUAUUUACGACAAGAAAGAGAGCUAAUGAAUGCAGUGGAGAACUGCUCACUGCCGAAUUACGACUUUCAUCAAAUCGCCGAAGUCCGAAAUUCGAGAAUGGUACGAUUGGUUUCAUUGGGAAGCGUCGAAAAGACUUCCCAUAUGCUUCGUACAUCAGGACGCAAGGAUUAUGACAAUCUUCAAACCCACUAUACUGAAUUCUGUCGUCAGUUGAAUCGACAUCUGGAGGCGGAAUUUGAGAAUAGAAUGGUUCUGCAUGCGAUGUCACCGGAUUCUGAACAGUUGAGGAAGACGAGUGCUGUAUUCGAAUAUCAGAAUAUAAAGUGUCGAAUCGAUGGAUGCUUUUUGGCUAAACAAGAAUGUUCAGCAGUUUUCCGCCACGGAGCGCCUUCAUUCAAAGUGCGAGUUCGAAUCGAUGAAAUCGAGAAAAAUCCGAAAAUUUUGAAUUCCGACGAUUUUGACAAAUGGGAACUACGCCAACGUAUAGAAACGACUGUAAAUCAGCUACAUUCCAAGUUCUACCAAUCGGGUCGUAUGGAGCAACUGGCGCCACGUGUCCCCACGCGAAACAGCUUGUUGAAACGCCUUUCGCUCUACGUGACAGAAAUCGAUUCCAACGUGGCAAUCGAAGAUUUCAAUGUGUUACGUUGGAAGGUACAACCCAUGCAAUACCCAUCUCCUGUGGAAACUCGCGAUUUCUCGCUUGUCGGAGCACAUCAUGACGUCAUAAUGCACGCCGGACUCGUCAAAUUCAACGUGACCAUGAAACGGAUGGGACAGUCCGUUUUAAUGACGCCCGUCUCCAGAAUUCCCACGUCACCAAGAAAUUCAAGGAAGAAGGAGAAAGAAGCUAUUGAAAGAUUAUUGUAUACGUCAAAUAAACAAUAA